AUGAAGGUGAAGCUCCAAGCACUGAGGAGACAAUACGAGCUACUGCAAAUGGAAGAAGCUGAAAGUGUGGUUGAUUACUUUAAUCAUGUGCAAACCAUCACAAAUCAUAUGAAGACCAAUGGUGAAGUAAUGAUUGAUUUGGUGAUUAUUGAAAAGAUUCUAAGAACUCUAACACAAAGAUUUGAUCAUAUAGUGGUGGCCAUAGAUGAACCAAAGGAAAUUGAUACAUUGAAGGUGGUGAAAUUGCAAGCAAAAACAUCUAAACAAGCCUUUCAAGCUCAGGUCGAUAAAAAGGCUAAUCAAGAUGAAGGAAAAUACAAAAAGGGAAAAGGAAAAUCAAAGUGGCAUAAGAAGAAAGAUUCUAAUAAAGGGGUUGGAAAUUCAAAGAACCAAAAUAGUGGUGAUAAUUAUAGCAAGAAAAAUAAUGGCAACAAAUGA